UUGUUAAAGUUGGUGCAUUGUCUCCAAAGGGCCAGUCAGCAGCAAAAGUCAUAUACAUGUCAUCAUGUACAUCAGCUGGCUGUGUGCAUGUGGGAGGGUAUAUCAGACUGCAGGACUUUAGAAAACAAUGAACAAUGUGAACCACUAAACUCCCUUAACCCCUCCAUCCCCAGCCAGACGAGAAAGCAGAAAUAAAAAUGUUUCAACCGUCUCAGAGAGUUAUACUUUUUGGCACGGAAGAGCUGCUGUAGCUGUUUCCUUUGACUAUCACCCCACCCCAAGAGCAGCAGUAGUUCCUGAAACACCACUGCUGCUUGCAAAACUGUCAGAGGCGUGAUUCAAAGGGAGAGAGAAAGACCUCCCGAAACAUAUGGUUAUCUGAGCACAUUGCCACAGCAGAAAGAGCGGAGAAACAAGAACGGAGCAAAGGACACAGGAAAUACACAUGUAAUGGUUUUUAAAACCUCAGCUGUAGUUUAAUCGCACAUUUAUGGGAUAAGUUUUGACUAAGCUUACUUUUCAUUUUCCCCGGGUUUUCAAAUUUUUUUGUUUUAAUUUUACACUUGUGAGCAUUGCUUUUCUCAUCGUCAUGACAAGAAAAAAGACCUUCCUGAUUCUGGGACUCUUCCUCUUCCUCUUCCCAACCCUGUCAAACUCACAAUGCCCAGAGGGAUUCAACACAACAAUGGAUGAGAAUGGGAAAGAAAAUUGCAAUGAUGUUGAUGAAUGCAAUGAGGAUGAUUAUGGACUGAUAUGUAAGGAAAAUGCUGAAUGUAGGAACACAGUUGGAGGCUACUACUGCUAUUGUGCAGAUGGUUUCACAUCAUCAACAAAGAAAGAGACUUUUACAGCAGCAUCACCUCAGACGUGUAGAGACAUCAAUGAAUGCGUAUCAAUGAAGAACAUCUGCCCAGCUAAUGCGGAAUGCCACAACUCUGCUCCAUAUUAUGCCUGCAUUUGUGCAAGUGGGUUCACCUCCUCCACUGGAGUGGAAGCUUUUCGUUCUGGUGACAACGUUACAUGCAACGAUAUUGAUGAAUGCCUAGAUGAAGCAAUUUGUGGUCCAAAUGCAUCAUGUAACAAUACAGAAGGCAGUUAUAUCUGCGUCUGCAACGCUGGCUUCAGGUUAAAAUCUGGCAAAGCCGACUUCACUGGGAAUCACGAGCAGUGUGAAGACCUGUGUAAGAUUGAUCAAACAAUCUGUGGAAAUGGAACCUGCCAUCAUGGAGCUGAUGGACAUUACUGCUCAUGUCACUCGGGGUUCACAAACUACGGCAAUAAAAAACACCGCUGCACUGAGCUCAACUGUGAUAUUUUUAAGGAUGAAACCAGUCUGGAGAAGACAUUUCCAACAGUGCACGAUCACAUCAGCCACCUGAAAAAGAGCUGUCUGGACCUCACAGAGAGUGAGACUCCAAAAGAAAAGAGUGAUGACUUACUAGAGUUCCUGAUGUCUUUGAUGGACAAGCUGAUGUCGGGUGAAGUCCUCACUGAUAACAAGAAAGUCUCCCUGUUCUUCAACUUGGUGGAACACGCUCUGAGGCUCACAGGACCUUUUGUUUCACCUCCAGGGACAGAGAAAAUGGCGGAAUACACAGAAGUGAAAAUGAAGGUUUAUAAAGGGUCCGAGUUGCCUCAAGGACCAACCACUAUAUCUUCUGAGCAUGCUAAACUAGACAUUGACUUGGAAGUCGCUGCUGGUGAUCCGUUGUAUUACCCAGGUUUUACAGCUGUUUCCUUGCUGACUUAUAAAAACCUGGAAAAGUUUGUGAAUGGCCACUUUGGUGGCGUAAAACGAGAGGGAAAUGAGAGCUAUCAGAUCAACUCUAAAGUUGUGACUAUCACUGUCAGUAACACAAACACAAGCCAUCUCAAAGAGCCAAUCAGAUUGACUGUGCAUCACCUUGAAAAGACCAACAAAACUUUCCACACCUGUGUGUUUUGGGAUUCCUCAGUGGAAGGAGGGGCAUGGUCCACACGAGGCUGCAGAGUUGUGACGUCCAGCCCAGAAUACACUGUGUGCUCCUGUGAACACCUGAGCAGCUUUGCUGUCCUCAUGGCCCUUUAUGACACUGAGGAUAGGUUUGACUUGAAGUUGAUCACAUGGGUGGGCCUGUCUCUUUCGCUGGUUUGUCUGUUCUUCUGCAUCCUGACGUUCUCUAUGAUCCGCUCCAUUCAAAGUCCAAGAACCACCAUGCACCUGCACCUCUGCAUCAGCCUCUUCAUUGCAAAUUUCAUCUUUCUCGCAGGCAUCUCUAGGACAGAGAACAAGGUGGGGUGUGCGGUGGUGGCAGGAAUGCUGCAUUUUUUCUACCUUUCAGCAUUUUGCUGGAUGUGUCUGGAGGGCAUCCAGCUCUUCAGGAUGGUGGUUCUGGUUUUCAACACCAAUUUUAAAACUGCCUACAUGAUGGCAGGAGGCUAUGGAGUCCCAGCAGUAAUUGUUGCUAUAUCUGCAAUGGUUAGUCACAAAGAAUAUGGCACCGACAAACAUUGCUGGCUGAGUUUGGACUUAAUCUGGAGUUUCUUUGGACCCGCCUGUGUCAUCAUCAUUGUCAACAUUUUCUUUUUUCUAAUCACUGCCUGGAAGUUGGCACAGAAGUUCUCAAGUCUAAAUCCUGACUUGGACAGCUUGCAGAAAAUAAAGGCAUUUACCAUCACUGCAGUUGCCCAGCUGUGCAUACUGGGAACAAUGUGGAUCUUUGGGUGUUUCCAGUUUGAGAAGGGCACAAUUGCCAUGACUUAUCUGUUCACCAUUUUUGGAAGUCUUCAGGGUGUGAUGCUCUUCGUGAUGCACUGUCUGCUUUCGAAACAGGUAAGGGAUGAAUAUCAAAACAUUGCGUCCCGACUCUUUGCACCUCGGAAGAAGACCUACUCAGAGUUCAGUUAUUCUCACUCCAGCAAACCACAAGCAUCCAAAAGCACCCAGGACACAGGAGAAUCUCAAAUCUAAGGAGCCAAAUGAUAAACUCAGACAAAAGUACAGUUGGCUAAAAACACAAAAUAUAGUCACUCUGCUUGCUGCUGCCAUGUAUCAUAAUCUGUGGACCAUAUUGAUGAAAGUUUUUUAUUUUUUAAAUAGUGUUUUUAAAUGUUGGUUUUCUGAGUCAUUUAUUGAAUGAAAGAUUACAUUUAAAAUAUUUUGGUGGGGUUAUGUUUCAUCAAUCCAUAAAUGUUGUAUUUUGUCAGUUAAUGAAUCACAAUCUAAAACUGAAGAAUUUCAGACUUAAAUACAGAAAGUAAUGGACAAUGAUGAUCCACAACAUGCUUUUUUGUUUUUAAAUGUAUGAAAGAAAAUAUUUUUCAGAUACUUUGGAGCAAAAAAAGAUUUGAUCAUUUGAUGUUUGGUGUAAUAUUUAGGUACUUAAAUGACUGAAAAUACACGUUAGAGAAAUAUUAGUGAUAUAAAUUCCCCUUUCGUGUCUACAGCCUGUGAAUUGUAUAAAUAAUGAAGACAGAUUUAUAUUUUGACUGCAUCUUGUCAUAUAUACAGCAUCACCAAGCAUGCAAGAGAGAAUAAGCGCUUUCUUUGCCAGUUCUGCAGAGAUUUAAUUAAACUAUGUUUUUUUCCAAGUUAAAGCAAGAAUUCUUCUGCAGCUGAAUUUUCAAAGUCAAUUUUUGCACUGGAGAGUGAUACUUCUGCUCUAGAAAUUCUUUGCCGCUCCCUUGUAAAAGCUAAACUCCUGUAUCUUUACUUGCCAAAGAUUGAAUAAAUAUUUUUUACAACCAAUUUCA